UAAUGGAAAGAUUAAAAGGCCUCUCCCUGCCCCUCUGAUAAAUAGAUUACAAGGGAUUGGCUUAUAUAAAGACCGUGGCUCUAGCUGUGUGUGUGUGUUUUUUUCUUCCUUAAAGUCAGCUUAAGAGGGGGUGGUUAGAAAUCUAAACCUUUUACUAGCGAGCAGAUCAGCUCUUGCACUGAGCAGUGACACUUCCCCAACUUCUCCUUCUUUUUCUACCUCCUACGGCUGCAAGAUUGCGCGCUUGGGCUUGCUGAAAAUGGAAUACGAAGAGGAUGAUGAUGAUAUAAUGUUUGCUAAGUGGAUGAGUAGCUUUUGGGGCCACAGUGGGGUAGAAGAUGCGGAGAGAUAUGAAAGGAAUGCAAGAAGGCGGCAGUCUCGUGCCCUAUCUGAAAGAAGGGCAUCCCUUCCUUGCCCGGCUCAACUUUCUGCAAUGCGUGCUACAAGGUUCCAAUCAGUGACCAAAGCACCGUCUCCAGUCUACCUUAAAGGGGGCAAGGAGAUUCGAGAAGAUCACGUCAGAAACCACAACAGCCACAUGAAAAUAAGUAAAGUGUCGUCAGUAGACGGAUCUCUUCCAGAUAGCCAUGGGCAUAAAAAGCGGUCAAAUUCUAUACAAGAGUUUUCUGAAUCUUUUGAAAAACAGCUGCGUUUCAGAAGUGAACGCUCUACGUCUUUGGGAGAACAUUCAGUAACUCGGAGGAAUUCAUCCUGCAAAGAGAAGGAUGAAGAUGAGGAUCCGUGUGUGAUUUGUCACGAAGAUCUACAUACUGGCAGUAUCUGGCAACUUCACUGCAUGCACAGAUUUCACAAAGAGUGCAUCGGGAAGUGGCUGUGCAAGAAACAGACAUGCCCUACCUGCCGAGUGCAGGUUAUCACGUCCAAGUCAUACUUCUUGUCUUCUGCCCGGAUGAAAGUUCCAUGAAGUAACAAUGCUAGAUAUAAAUCACUCUGCUUGGCUGCAUAACAAAAGCUACACCCAUGAAGGUAGCUGCGAGGAGCAGGACUAUGCUUUGUACAGACCGGCUGCGUAACCACUAUGCAAAUACUCGGAGGCAGUACAGAGUAACGACGAUGAUUGAGACAAUGAAUGUUCCUAUUCGUUUUUAUCAUUUGCUAUGCUGUAAAUAAAAGAGAAUAUUUGAUA